CUGUAGACUUCUUCGGUUGUAUCAUCUACACAAAAUGAAUCAGGAUUAAUUUUAGGAGUUUCUUUGUACUUAAAGUCACUUGGGGCUGCUGGAAAACAUCACGUUGAGCCCACAGUUUUAACCACACAAAUCUGCAGACAUCACUCUCUCGUUUUGAUUGCUGCCUCUGUCCCUGUUGCUAUAGAAACAGAUCACACUGCCAAAAAUGGAAGGAUGAUAACCAUCUGGAAAAAAAGAAGAAGCUGGGUACACGGUUAAAGAUUAUUUUGAAAGCACUCUCAUGCAUUUUGGUAUUAUUCCCUUUCUGUAAGAGACACAACUAGAAGCAAUCGACGGAAACGAAAGCAAUGCCUUACAUUCCAGGAGAAACCUCGAACAGCAUUUCCCCUCAAUUAUAAUUUUUUUUAAUAUCUAUAUGGGUAAAGUAAACUGCAUUACAACAAACAGUUUCUGAUCACUGGAAGUGAAGUCCCGCCUGCUAGACUGAAGUGUCAUGGCCUGGUGCCUUUUUCUCCGAAUUGCAUUCAGUGUUUCUGCCCCUUUCGCCUAUAGUCGUGUUGUGCAGAGCAUUUUGGGCUUCUGCUUUUCAUUUCCUCCAGGCCCGGCGGUAGCAGGGAAGAUGGGCUGCGUGUCCAGCCCCAGCCUGUGCUGCCCCUUCCUGACAGUUUGGCACCGCACAACGGCCGGAGGUGGAGCAACUACCGCAAAUCCCAAACGGAAAAUGGCGUCCUCACGUUCCCAGUCUUCCUCCUGCCUUGCCAAAAGCCGUGGGAGCCGAGGCCCAGCUACGGAGCGGCGCCGGGUGCCGGCACGGGCCGGGCAGGGCUGCGGCGGGCCCCGGCACAGCAGCAGGGGUAGAUCCGGGGCCGGCGGUGCCAGGAGCUCGGCACCAGCGAAGGCCGCGGCCGCGCUCCCUUGUGGCCGUUCCCGGGCGGGCCGGGCCCGGGCCCGCACGGCCCAGCAGGCUUGGCCCGAGCCGCCUUCGGGCGCGGGGCUGCCGGGGGAGCUGGACCGGCGGUGCUGGAUGGCGCUGUGCUGCGAGCGGCUGCCGCAGGAGCCUGCCGUGCCAGGUAGCGCUCCCAGCCAGCCCGCUCCGGCCGGCAGCUCCCCGCUUGGGCCAGAGAACCGCUCCUGUGGUACAUUGGUGGCAGAAGAAGAGUCGCUGGUGAGAGAGGCAGGUGGAGAUCCUCCAGCGCCUUUUCUGGAUGGACAACAUUACUAUGAACAGGGGUUGUAUGAAAAAGCAUUAAAACAAUUUGAAAAAAUCAAGGAUACAGAUUUUCAAGCAAUGUAUCAGCUUGGUGUAAUGUAUUAUGAUGGACUUGGCACUAAAAAAGACCCUGAAAAGGGAGUGGAAUACAUGAAUAAAAUACUCAACUCUGAUUCCCCAGAAGCAAGACAGUUGAAGUUUGCAGCUGCGUACAAUCUUGGCAGGGCAUAUUAUGAAGGAUGUGGUGUUAAACAUUCAACUGAAGAGGCUGAAAGGUUGUGGCUUACUGCUGCAGAUGAUGGAAAUCCAAAAGCAAGCAUAAAGGCCCAGAGUACUUUAGGAAUGCUUUAUUCUAUGCCAAGUCUAAAAGAUCUGGAGAAGGCUUUUUUCUGGCAUUCAGAAGCAUGUGGCAAUGGAAAUCUGGAAUCACAAGGAGCACUUGGCAUUAUGUAUCUCUAUGGACAAGGUACACAUCAAAACACUAAAGCUGCUUUGGAGUGUUUGAGAAAAGCAGCAGAACUUGGAAACAUCUAUGCUCAAGGCCAUCUAGUGGAAUAUUACUACACUAGAAAAUUUUACUCAAAAGCUGCUGCACUAGCCAAAAGGGCUACAAAAAAUUAUGACAUCAACAUGCUAGCCAAGAUAAGUGACUGUCACCCAACAUAUGUAGCCAAGGGGGCUGCUAUGGCUGCUUUCUACUUAGCUAGAUGCUUCCAGCUUGGCCGAGGCACACAGAAAGACCAGGAUGCUUCUGAGAGGUACUAUUCUAAAGCAUGCCAUCUGGAUCCUGCUGUUGCUUCUCACCUUGAAUCGGCAGCUAAUCUUGGGAGAAUUUAGUGUUUCUUUUAACUGUGACUGGUAUAUAAAUGUAUUUCCUACAAUAAACCAUCAUUAAUCUCCAGCAAUUAUAGACUGUUCAUCACUUACGGCUUGCUUU